AAAAUCCCGCUAGCCAUCUCUCCUUAUUCAGGGAUUGCCAUUUGGGGUCCAAAUGGAGGUUCCGAAGGCGAUCGUCGCUGUUUCCUCACACCGGAAUGAUCUAGCACCACAGGAGACUGAAUCUCAGAUCUCUUCUCUUCUAUACGAUGUUUCACAACAGGUGCGCGAUGCUAUGCAGAAUAUGCUCAAGAUGACUGCCGAAAUUGAUCAGAGUUCUGGGGAUGUAGUGGAAGAGAUAGAGAAGUGCAAAGAGUCUGCUAGUGCUAAGAGCAAGAUCUUAGAAGAAGAGAGAGAUCGCUACCAGAAAGCUGCAAUGGCGGUGCUGCAGAUGCUCAAUGGCUCCGACGAUAUUCCUUGAGCGCCUUUUAUUUGUUCGUAUUGAAGUCAUAAAUCUCGCUGCGUCUGAACAACGCAGCUGUUGCUGUUCUUGACCUUCGGAUGACAGGUACUUUAGAUUUUGAUGCAGAGUAAUGCCUAUAAAUAAAGUAGCUAUCUUAUACUGCAGUAUUAGAAUAUUAG